CAGACUCUAAAAGGCCAUUCAAGUGCAGUUCAGGCCGUGGCCUUCUCGCCAGAUGGCCAAACUAUUGCCUCAGGCUCUAACGAUAAGACCAUUAAGCUCUGGAAUGCGGCGACGGGUGAGCAGCGACAGACUCUAGAAGGUCACUCAGAUUCGGUUCGGGCCGUAGCCUUCUCGCCAGAUGGUCGAACUAUCGCCUCAGGCUCCUACGAUGGCACUAUCAAGCUCUGGAAUGCUGAGACAGGCGAGCAGCGGCAGACGAAAGAAGAUAGUUCCAUUUUGGUUCACGCCGUGGCCCUCUAUGCCAGGGACGGCAUUCAUGUGAAUCCGACUUCAGAUCUUCGGGCUACGCCUCACAUAUCCCUAGCGGAUCACUGGGUACGCUUUGGAGGCGAGAAGGUCUUGUGGCUCCCUUCUGAAUAUCGCCAAUUUUCCUGCUUCGCUACGAACGAGGAUGUGCUUGCUCUCGGAUAUCGAAAUGGUCGGGUUUUUAUCAUCCAGUUGCUCGCACCUAAAUAG